AUGUCCAGCGGAAAGAAGGUGAACCUUAACUCCAUCACGGAUUUGAGAAACUAUCUUGAAGAGCAGCUUCCUACUGUUUUUGGCCACUUUGGCUAUGAACAGUCUUUUACAUUGAUAGAUAUAAAGCUUGCUCUUGGAUGCGUCACAGUGGCCAUUGCCGGGUUUCUUUUUUGGUUGGACAAGAAUUACUCUUUUAACGAUACAUAUUAUGUCAUAUUGGGCGCCGUGGCGUUAUAUUUCGUCGUAAGUUGCAUAUUACUAUACUUCACCUCAGGUCCUGGCUACAAGAACAACAAGUACGUGGGAAAGAAGAAACAGGACACCAUUUCCGUUUACGGGUGGACGACGAAGUACGACCCAAUAUACCAUGUGAAAGUUGUCCUCAAUGGCAACGAGCAGAGUUCUACCUCUAAGGAGAUUCCUUUCACCAGGUUGUACGAUGCAUUUGGCUACUUUAACCAGGAGGCAGCCGUGAACGAGUUUAGAGAGUUGGUGGAGAAAAAGAGCCAAUAG